GCCCGACACCGGCUGUCUUGGCCUGAGUCGUGAGCUUGAUCGGAGAAGGAGCGAGUUUGGCUCCUCCGCGUUGCCACAUGGCGGCGUACCCUUCCUACGUGGCACCGGGUUGGACGGCGAUUUAGUAGGGUUCUUAAGGGAGGUUGGAGAGGAGGAGGAAGAAAUAAAGACGGAGGGAGAACGCGUUCGGCCGAAAUCUCUCUUUGGAGUCUCUCCUGCGCGGAGACGAAAUCGAUCGAUCGAUCGAGCGAGAGGACGACAAAAGCACUCGGGUCUCCGUUUCCCCCAGCGGACAUCGCGCUCCCCCUUCAAUCUCUGCGUCGAAUGCCGUCGUUCUCCUGAGGCAGAUGUCCCACCCAAUCCUUAUCCGCCCAAAGGUCCCGUUCUUGACCUGAUCCCGAUCGAUUUCACGGAGAAGAGCGGCGAGAUCCGGCGCCUCCCGCCCGCCCCAGCUGACGCCUUGGUCUCGUUGUUCCAUCCGUUCUUUGUCUUUCUCCCAGUUCUGGGAUCCGUAGCCGCCGUAGGCGGGAGGCGACGGAGAGGAAAAGAGGGAGGGUUUGCUUCGAGCUGGGAUUCGGAUCUAGGGUUUGAUCGGGAGGAGGGACGGGGGCCGCGGGUGCUUCGGAUGAAGACCACCCAUGUUCCAGUCAUCACGGAAAACGAUGAAAUGGUCGUCAUUGCUUAAGGAUCUCAGAGAGAAGGUCGGGCUCUCAGGGUCGCAGCCGCAAACACAGUCUUCAGCCUGCCCAUCCCCCUCGUUCUCGCCCGCUGCCGAAUAUGGUGGAGCUGGCGCACCCCAGUCGGCCCCGGCGUCGGUAUACGGUUCUCCCGAAUCUUCCCCUGCGAGAGGCAAACAUGAACAGGAGUUGGACUUUAAGAAGUUCUGGGAAGAUUUUCGUUCUUCCAGCUCUGAAAAGGAGAAAGAAACAGCACUAAAUAUGGCUGUAGAUACAUUCUGUAGAUUGAUUAAACAGCAAUCCGAUGUAGCUCAGUUAAUUAACAAGUUUGUAGAAGUACACAUAUUUUCUUUUGUUGUUGGAAGAGCCUUCGUGACAGAUGUUGAAAAGUUGAGAAUCUAUAGCAAGGGAAAUUUUUUGAAUGUUGCAAACAUAAUAAGUUUCUUUUCUGAAGUUAAGGAUGGGAUCAGCCGUGGUUCUAAUUUGUUAUAUGCAGUAGAAGUUCUUGUAACCGGGGCAAUUGAUAAGCAAUCCCUGUUGGAUUCUGGUAUUCUAUGCUGUCUUAUUCAUAUUCUCAAUGCACUUUUGAAUCCCAACGAGGCCAAAGGAGGACAAGUAGACACCUUAGAAGAAUCAGCUAAAAGUGGAAAAAUGAUGGAUGCGAUAGAUACACUUCGAGUGCGACGGCUUGAGAUAGAAGGAAGUAUAGUGCAUAUCAUGAAGGCAUUAGCAAGCCAUCCUUCAGCUGCGCAAAGUUUGAUUGAAGAUGAUUCACUUCAGCUCCUCUUUCAUAUGGUUGCAAAUGGUUCAGUGAAUGUAUUUUCCCAAUUUAGAGAUGGUCUUGUUCCUCUGCAUACAAUUCAACUUCAUCGACAUGCCAUGCAGAUACUUGGUCUUCUUCUUGUCAAUGACAAUGGCAGCACAGCAAAAUAUAUACACAAGCAUCACUUGAUUAGAGUUCUUUUGAUGGCUGUCAAAGAUUUCAGUCCUGAGAAGGGUGAUGCUGCUUACACGAUGGGGAUAGUAGAUUUGCUACUUGAAUGUGUUGAAUUAUCACAUAGACCUGAGGCUGGCUCCAUUAGGCUCAGGGAAGAUAUACACAAUGCACAUGGCUAUCAUUUUCUUGUUCAGUUUGCCUUGACACUAUCCAACUUGCAAAAGAGUCAGACUAUUCAAUCAGUCGGUUCAAAAUUGUCAUAUGAAGAGUCCUCUCAAUUUGAUGGUCAGAAUGCAGCUAAUAGUUUGGUACAGCCGGAAAGCCAAAAUGUUGCUUUGCCAUCCCACCUUUCUCCAGCAUUGAUUAGGUUACUUGAUGCUCUUGUCAAUUUAGCACAAACAGGACCUGCAGAAUCUGCUGGUGGAAAAGCUUCAAAAUAUACUCAAAAUAAGGGUACAAGCCAUAGAAGUCUUACAGCUUUCGAUAGAAUUAAUGACGAGGAGAAAGGUAAUGCUAAGGUUAAAGAUCUUGAAGCCAUACAGACGCUUCAAGAUAUUUUUCUGAAGGCUGACAAUGUCGAACUGCAGGCAGAGGUGUUGAAUAGAAUGUUCAAAAUAUUUUCAUGUCAUCUUGACAAUUACAUGUUGUGUCAACAACUGCGAACCUUGCCCCUCUUCAUACUUAAUAUGGCAGGCUUUCCUGAUUCGUUACAGGAGAUUGUUCUAAAAAUAUUAGAAUAUGCUGUGACUGUUGUGAACUGUAUUCCUGAACAAGAAUUGCUUUCACUUUGCUGCCUUCUACAGCAGCCUAUUACUGCCAGUCUGAAGCAUACUAUACUUGCUUUCUUUGUUAAGCUCCUGUCCUUUGACCAGAAGUUCAAGAAAGUCCUGAGGGAGGUUGGUGUUCUGGAGGUUUUACUAGAUGAUCUGAAACAACACAAGUCUUUUUCUGGUGUAGAGCAGCAAAACAGGAUUUAUAGUAGUUUAGAGACAAAGUCAAGUUCUAGCAGCUUCAAAAAACACAUUGACAACAAAGAUGCCAUUCUUUCUUCACCCAAUUUAGUAGGUUCUGGUUCAGGAAAAUUUCCUGUAUUUGAAGAUGAGGGUACCAUAGCUAUAGCAUGGGAUUGUCUUUUUUCUCUGUUAAGGAGAGCUGAAGCUAACCAACAAUCAUUCCGAUCAUCCAAUGGGGUCAGCAUCAUUCUUCCCUUUUUGAUAUCGGAUUGCCAUCGUUCUGGUGUUAUGCGGCUGCUAUCUUGUUUGAUUAUUGAAGAUUCUCUUCAGGCCCAUCCAGAAGAAUUAGGUGCACUCAUUGAGAUCCUCAAGAGUGGGAUGGUCACAAGUAUUUCUGGAUCUCAAUACAAACUUCAAAAUGAAGCAACAUGUGACAUAUUAGGCGCAUUAUGGCGUAUUCUUGGGGCAAAUAAUUCAGCACAAAGAGUUUUUGGAGAUGCCACAGGCUUUUCUUUACUAUUAACCACCCUACAUAGUUUUCAGAGCAUUGAGCUUCCAGAUAUUCAAUCUUCCAUGAAUAUUUUCUGUUUUCUAAUGCGAGCCAUCACUGCUGGGGUCUCCAAUAAUGCUCUCAACCGAUUGAGACUUCAUGCAAUUAUGUCAUCCCAGACGUUUUAUGAUCUUCUCUGUGAGUCUGGUUUGCUUUGUGUGGAAUGUGAGAAACAUGUUAUCCAGUUGUUGUUUGAGCUUGCACUAGAGAUAGUUCUUCCACCAUCUGCUGUUCAUCAGGGGGAAAAACCUUCCUUAGAUAUGUCAGAGGACGAGCCAAAUUCUUUCUUGACUGUCUCUCUUGGUAUAUCUAGGUUUGACAGUGAGCGGAUAUACAAUGCUAGUGCAGUGGGUGUGCUGAUACGUUCGUUGUUGCUCUUUACUCCGAAAGUGCAAUUGGAUAUUUUGAAGUUUAUUGAGAAACUUGCUCAUGCUGGUCCAUUCAAUCAGGAAAACUUGACUUCUGUUGGAUGCAUUGCACUUCUGCUGGAAACAAUUAGCCCAUUCCUCGAAGGCUCGUCUCCUCUACUUACACAUGCUUUGCAGAUUGUGGAAGUUCUAGGAGCAUUCAUGCUGUCUUCCUCUGAGCUUCGAGUUCUUCUAAGGUAUAUUCUUCUAUUAAAGUUGAAAAAUUCAGGUCAACUUCUUGUUGACAUGAUGGAGAAAUUAGUUCAAAUGGAAGACAUCAGAUCAGAUAGUGUUUCCCUAGCACCAUAUGUUGAGAUGGACAUGAGCAAAUUGGGUCAUUCAUCCAUCCAGGUGUCUUUAGGAGAAAGAACAUGGCCUCCAGCAGCCGGUUAUUCUUUUGUUUGUUGGUUUCAGUACCAUAAUUUACUGAAAAGUCAAGUUAAAGAAUCAGAGCAAGCAUCCAGAACUGGAUCUGGCAAACGAAAUGCUUCUAGUGGACAGAUAUUGCGUAUCUUUUCUGUUGGUGCAAUGACUGAUGGGAACACAUUAUAUGCAGAAAUUUGCCUCCAAGAUAAUGGUGUCUUAACUCUAGCCACAAGCAAUUCAUGCUCACUGGCAUUUCCUGGAAUAGAAAUGGAAGAAGGAAGGUGGCAUCACCUUGCAGUUGUUCAUAGCAAACCUAAUGCAUUAGCAGGAUUAUUCCAAGCCAGUGUAGCAUAUCUGUAUGUUAAUGGAAAGCUUAUUCACACCGGAAAGCUUGGCUACUCACUAUCUCCUGUUGGUAAAUCAUUACAGGUUACUCUUGGUACACCAGUUUCUCGCGCAAAAGUGAGUGAUUUAUCAUGGAGGCUUCGUUGCUGUUACCUAUUUGAGGAGGUGCUCACAUCAGGUAGCAUUUUCUUCAUGUAUAUUCUUGGUCGAGGAUACAGAGGGCUAUUCCAGGAUACAGAUCUUCUGAGAUUUGUCCCGAACCAGGCUUGUGGUGGGGACAGCAUGGCCAUACUAGAUUCUUUGGAAGCUGAGUCGCCCAUGGCUUCCAAUUCACAACGACUUGAUAGUUCUGGCAAGCUGGGAGAAAUUAAGUCUGAUUGCAGUGGAAUUGUUUGGGACUUGGAAAGAUUGACAAAUCUUUCUUUACAGCUUUCUGGCAAGAAACUCAUCUUUGCUUUUGAUGGAACAUCCUCAGAAGCGUUUCGGACUUCUGGAACGUUGUCUUUGCUCAAUCUUGUUGAUCCAACAUCAGCUGCUGCUUCGCCUAUUGGUGGUAUACCACGCUAUGGUCGUCUUUCUGGAGAUAUUUACGUCUGCAAUCACUUCAUGAUCAGUGAUAGUAUACAUGCUGUUGGUGGAAUCCCUGUUGUUCUUGCUCUUGUUGAGGCUGCUGAAACCAAGGACAUGUUACACAUGGCACUGGAGUUACUUGCAUGCUCACUUCAUCAGAGUCCACAGAAUGUCAAGAACAUGCAAACCUUGAAAGGAUACCAUUUACUUGCACUUUUUCUGCACCGCAGGAUGUCACUGUUUGACAUGCAUUCACUUGACAUAUUCUUUCGUAUUGCAGCAUGUGAAGCCUCCUUUUCUGAACCGCAGAAGUUUCGAGCAAACAGGGCUUUGAGUUUCCCUGUCAGAACUUCCCCAGAAGCCAGUAUUGAGGAUCUUUCUUUGCCAAAAUUUUCUGAUGAAAUCUCUUCAGUUGGAUCACAUGGAGAUCUUGAUGAUUUCUCUGCACAAAAGGACUCUUUCAGUCAUCUUUCAGAACUUGAAAAUACGGAUAUGUCUGAGGCAAACUCAAACUGUGUUGUUCUUUCAAAUGCUGACAUGGUCGAGCAUGUUCUCUUAGACUGGACAUUAUGGGUUACUGCUCCUGUUUCAAUUCAAAUUGCAGUCCUUGGAUUUCUUGAACAUAUGGUAUCCAUGCACUGGUACAGAAAUCAUAACUUGACAAUCUUACGUCAGAUCAACCUGGUUCAGCAUUUGUUAGUGACUCUGCAACGCGGUGAUGUGGAAGUUCUUGUUUUAGAAAAGCUGGUAGUACUACUUGGUGUCAUUUUGGAGGAUGGUUUUUUAGCUUCUGAGUUAGAACUAGUGGUCAGAUUUGUUAUAAUGACAUUUGAUCCACCUGAACUGACUCCAGGGAAUCAGAUCGUUCGAGAGACUAUGGGAAAGCAUGUUAUCGUUAGGAACAUGUUACUGGAGAUGCUUAUUGAUUUACAAGUUACUAUUAAUGCUGAAGAGUUGCUCGAGCAGUGGCAUAAGAUUGUCUCAUCCAAGUUGAUCGCCUUUUUUCUUGAUGAAGCUGUACAUCCAACUAGUAUGAGAUGGAUCAUGACACUUCUAGGAGUUUGUCUUUCUUCUUCUCCUACAUUUGCUCUCAAGUUCCGGAGCAGUGGUGGCUACCAAGGGUUGUCACGUGUUCUUCCAAGCUUUCAUGAUUCUCCUGAAAUAUACUAUAUCGUCUUCUGUUUGAUAUUUGGUAAAGCUGUCUAUCCAAGGGUGCCUGAGGUCCGCAUGCUUGACUUCCUUGCCCUUUUGCCGAAUGAUGGAAAUUAUGGUGAAUUAAAAUUUGUGGACCUGUUAGAAACAGUGAUUGCCAUGGCAAAAGCCACAUUUGAUAGAUUGAGUAUGCAGUCGAUGCUUGCUCAUCAAGAUGGUAAACUGUCACUUCUCAAUGGUAGCUUAGUUGCAGAGCUUGUAGAAGCAACGUCAGAUAUGGCUGGCGACCUUCAAGGUGAAGCUUUAUUGCACAAGACUUAUGCAGCACGGUUAAUGGGUGGGGAUGCAGGGGCGCCUGUUGCAGCUACAUCUAUAUUGCGGUUCAUGGUUGAUCUGGCAAAAACAUGUCCACCAUUCUCUGCUCUGUGCAGACGAGCAGAUUUUCUUGAAACCUGUGUUGAUCUAUAUUUUUCAUGUGUAAGGGCUGAUUGUGCAUUAAAGAUGGCCAAAGAUCUCACUACUGCUGCACCAGAGGAGAAGAAUGAUAUCGAUGAUGAGGAUUCUGAAAAUACAUUCUCUAGCUUGCCUCCAGAGAAUGAGCAAGCUGUGAAAACUUCCAUGAGCACUGUAAGCUUUCCGAGAGAACAAAAGAGUACUAGCUCUGGAGAUAUGCAAGGGUCACCCUGUUAUCCUUCAGCUUAUGCUGAAGUAAAAGGAGGCGAUGAAACAAAUUUAAAUCCUCAGAACUCUCUCACUGGAGAAGUUGACCAAGCUCUCCGGAGUCCUGAUCAGCAAAAUUUCACACACGACUCUGUUUCUUCUUAUGAUCCUGAUUUAAAGCAUAUUGAUUCCAGUGGGACUCAGAUUCUCAAUCAACCAACUGAUUCACAUAGUUCUGCCUCUUUGAAUAUGCCUUAUUCUCCUGUCCUGUCUGAUAAAUCAAACACGAAAUCUACAGCAACACCCAGUGCAUCUCCCGUUCUUGCUUUAACAUCAUGGCUUGGAAGCACAAGCAGUAAUAGUGAUGCAAAAGCAAAAUUAACUGCUUCUCCAUCAAUGAGAUCUUCUUUUUCUUUGAAUGAGUUUGAUUCCUCUCCUGAUUUAAGAACAAAUUCACAUGAAUCAUCUGCCGUGAGCAUGUUCUUUCCAAUAAACCCAAAGCUAUUACUUGAAAUUGAUGAUUCAGGUUAUGGUGGUGGUCCUUGCUCUGCAGGAGCUACUGCUGUCUUAGAUUUCAUUGCGGAAGUUCUUGCUGAUAUUGUCUCAGAACAACAAAAAGCAACCCAGUUUGUAGAGAAUAUUAUAGAGUCUGUUCCACUUUAUGUGGAUGUUGAAUCUACUUUAGUUUUUCAAGGAUUGUGUCUUAGUAGAUUGAUGAACUUCCUGGAAAGGCGUGUGUUGCGUGAUGAUGAAGAUGAGCAAAAGCUCGAUAAGAAUCGUUGGACUGUAAACUUAGAUUCUCUUUGCUGGAUGAUUGUAGAUCGUGUGUAUAUGGGAUCUUUUCCUGAGCCAAUUGGGGUGUUUAGAACAUUUGAGUUUCUGUUGUCAAUGUUACAACUUGCCAAUAAAGAUGGUCAUGUAGAAGAGGCAGCACCUGGAAAAGGAAUAUUGUCCAUUGCAAGGGGAAGCAAGCAACUUGAGGCAUAUAUUCAUGCCAUUUUAAAAAACACAAAUCGCAUUUUGAUGUACUGCUUUUUGCCUUCAUUCUUAAAGUCCAUUGGUGAAGAUGAUCUGCUUUUGGCUUUGGGAUUUCGAUCUGAGAGGAGUAAGGGUUUAUCUUUUAACGGACUGCAAGAUGAGUCAACUGUUGAUAUAUGCAUGAUUUUGCAGCUGUUACUUGCUAACAAGCGGCUGAUACUCUGCCCAAGCAAUCUUGACACUGAUCUGAUUUGUUGUCUCUGCACAAAUUCAAUUGCUCUUCUACAUGACAAGAGAUCAACCACUCAAAACCAGGCCAUAGACAUCAUCAAGUACUUGCUAUUACAUCGUCGGUCAGCACUUGAAGACUUUCUUGUAUCAAAGCCAAAUCAAGGGCCUACUUUGGAUGUUUUGCAUGGUGGUUUUGAUAUGUUAUCGAUGGGAAGCCCCUCUUCAUUUUUUGACUGGUUCAACAUCUCUGAGCAAGCCAUCAACAAAGUCUUGGAACAAUGCUCAUCUAUCAUGUGGUUGCAAUAUGUGGCCGGGUCAGAAAAGUUUCCUGGUGUCAGAAUUAAAGGUAUGGAAGUCCGUCGUAAGAGGGAAAUGGGUAGGAAAGCACGGGAUAUUGCAAAGUUAAACAUAAAACAUUGGGAACAGAUAUAUGAGCGGAGAUAUGCUCUUGAAUCAGUUCGAGAUCUAAUGUCUACAGAACUAAGAGCUAUUCGUCAGGAUAAGUAUGGUUGGGUUCUUCAUGCUGAAAGUGAGUGGCAAACUCAGCUUCAGCAACUUGUUCAUGAAAGAGGGAUUUUUCCUGUACGGCAUGCAUCUUUGGAACCAGGAUGGCAGCUCUGUCCUACUGAAGGACCAUAUCGGAUGCGUAAAAAGCUUGAGCGUAGCAAACUAAAAAUUGAUACAAUUCAGAAUGCCCUUGCCAGAGGUUUUGAGCUGGAGGAGUCAAAACUGGUAAAGGAAAAGCAUGAAAAUGGUGUGGGUACAUCUGGAUCCGAGUCAGAUUUAUAUUUUAAUCUAUCAUCAGAUGAUGCUCCAGAGAAGGGCUAUGAUGGUGAUGACCGUGAGGAGUCCUCAAUAAAAUAUGGUUUAAUGGUUGAAAGCUUGGCAUCUACUCAGAUUGAAUGGAAUGAUGAUCAUGGUAGCAGUGUGCGUGAACCAAGUGUUUACUCUGCUAUGGAGUUUGGCGUCAAAUCAAGCUCCUCUGUUCAGAUGACAGAGGGAAAACAAUCUGAACUAGGCACUCCAAGGCAGUCAUCUUCUUGUAAGGUUGAUGAUAUGAGAGCUCCAGAGGAGAAGCAAGAGAAAGAACUUCUUGAUAAUGGUGAAUAUCUCAUCAGACCUUUUCUUGAACCUUCAGAAAAGAUAAGGUUCAGGUAUAAUUGUGAACGUGUUGUAGGCCUUGACAAGCAUGAUGGUAUAUUUCUUAUAGGGGACCUCUGCUUAUAUGUUAUCGAGAACUUCUAUAUCGAUGACUCUGGCUGCAUAUGCGAAAAGAUAAGUGAGGAUGACCUAUCUGUGAUUGAUCAAGCUUUGGGUGUGAAAAAGGAUGUUUCAGGGAGCAGUGAGUUCCAGCAAAAGUCCUCUUCAUCAUGGGGUGUGGAGGUUAAGACAUUGGCUGGUGGAAGAGCAUGGGCAUAUAAUGGAGGUGCUUGGGGAAAGGAGAAGGUUUGUAGCAGUAGUAACUUACCACAUCCAUGGCACAUGUGGAAGCUUGAUAGCAUCUACGAACUCCUGAAACGUGAUUACCAGCUUCGUCCUGUUGCUAUUGAGAUAUUUAGCAUGGAUGGGUGUAAUGAUCUCCUGGUUUUUCACAAAAAGGAGAGAGAGGAAGUCUUCAAAAACUUGGUUGCAAUGAAUCUUCCACGGAAUAACAUGCUGGACACAACAAUAUCUGGGUCAUCAAAACAAGAAGGCAAUGAGGGAAGCCGCCUUUUUAAGAUUAUGGCCAAAUCCUUUUCAAAAAGAUGGCAAAAUGGAGAAAUUAGCAACUUUCAGUACCUCAUGCACCUCAACACUCUCGCAGGACGUGGCUAUAGUGAUCUUACACAAUAUCCAGUAUUUCCAUGGGUUCUUGCAGAUUAUGAGAGUGAAACUCUGGAUUUGAAAAACCCUUGCACAUUUCGUAAACUCGAUAAACCAAUGGGAUGCCAAACAUCAGAGGGAGAGGAUGAGUUCAGGAAACGAUAUGAAAGUUGGGAUGAUCCUGAUGUCCCCAAGUUUCACUAUGGUUCUCACUAUUCCAGUGCCGGAAUUGUUCUUUUCUAUCUUGUUAGGCUGCCACCAUUCAGCACUGAAAACCAGAAAUUACAAGGUGGGCAGUUUGACCAUGCAGACCGUUUAUUUAAUAGUGUGAGAGAUACAUGGUUAAGCGCAGCUGGAAAGAGUAAUACGUCAGAUGUGAAGGAACUGAUCCCUGAGUUCUUUUACAUGCCUGAGUUUCUGGAGAAUCGGUUUAAUCUUGACUUGGGUGAAAAACAGUCUGGUGAAAAGGUUGGUAAUGUUGUUUUGCCCCCUUGGGCCAAAGGCAGUCCUAGAGAGUUCAUAAGGAAGCACCGGGAAGCCUUGGAAUCAGAUUAUGUUUCUGAGAACUUGCAUCACUGGAUAGACCUCAUCUUUGGAUGUAAGCAAAGAGGCAAGGCAGCUGAAGAAGCAACUAAUGUUUUCUAUCACUACACAUAUGAAGGAAAUGUGGACAUAGAUUCAGUUGAAGACCCCACCAUGAAAGCCUCAAUCCUGGCCCAGAUAAAUCAUUUUGGUCAGACACCUAAGCAGUUAUUCCCGAAGCCGCAUGCUAAGCGACGCACGGACAGGAAACUUCCCCCUCAUCCUCUUCGUUACAGUGCCAACCUCCUCCCCCAGCAAGUCCGGCGGUCUUCUUCUUUCAUAUCUCAGAUUGUGACGUUCAAUGAAAAGAUCCUUGUUGCUGGGGCAAAUAGCCUACUCAAACCGGUGAUGUACAACAAGUACAUAUUGUGGGGCUUCCCAGAUAGAAGCUUGAGAAUUAUGAGCUAUGACCAGGAUAAACUUCUUUCCACUCACGAGAAUCUUCAUGGUGGUAACCAAAUUCAAUGUGUUGGAGUCACACUUGAUGGUCAGGUUCUGGUGACUGGCGGCGACGACGGUGUUGUUUCAGUCUGGAAAUUUGACAAGGAUAAUCGUCUGAGUUUGGGGAGGGCCCUUUGUGCUCAUACCAGCAAGAUAACAUGCAUCCAUGUCAGCCAGCCUUACUCGCUUAUUGUUACAGGCUCCGAAGACUGUAGUGCAAUUCUGUGGGAUCUAACAAACUUGGUCUUUGUGAAGCAGCUUCCUUCAUUCCCGGCACCAGUGUCGGCUGUGCAUGUGAAUGAACUUACAGGCACUAUUCUGACUGCUGCAGGAAUUCUGCUUGCCGUUUGGAGUAUCAACGGAGACUGCCUUGCGGUUGUGAACACCUCGCAACUCCCUUCGGAUCUUAUUUUAUCGGUAACGAGCACGAUGCACUCUGAUUGGCAGGACACGAACUGGUGUGUGACUGGUCACCAGAGUGGUGCAGUGAAGGUAUGGAACAUGGUGCAUUGUUCUACAGAUGAGGCCAGUGGAAGGAGCAAGUCGUCGGCAGCUGGAGCGGGAGGGUUGGAUUUAAGUGGGAGGUUACCCGAGUACAAGUUGCUGCUGCACAAGGUGCUCAAGUCACAUAAGCAUCCUGUCACAGCACUUCAUCUUACAAGUGAUCUAAAGCAGCUGUUGAGCGGGGAUUCGAGCGGACACUUGCUGUCGUGGACCGUCUCAGAUGAUAGCUUGAGAGCUUCUUGACCUCGAGGGUGAUGAUAGUUGAAUCAAUCAUGCUGGCAUUUGAUGACACGAUUUUGAUUACUUCAUGAUGCCUAUUUAAGUGAAACGAGAGCAACCAAGGGCUGGCCUGGAAGUCAUAGUGAAUGCAGUGAUAUGUUCAUGAUCACAGAGCAGCUCCCAUAGUGUAACAAGCAUACAGGUACGUGCUAAAAAAAAACACAGAUGAUUGCGCUGAAGGAAGAAAAAAAACGAUAGUUGUGGUUUGGCCAGUUUUUUUUUUAUUUUUUAUUUUUUCUGGCAGGGCAUCGCGGGCAGGGAUGGUUCUUUUGGAUCCCAUUCACUCUAUGUUGGUUUACCUGUUUUGGUGUAAAUAGGUGAUAAACCAAUGCAUAUAAAAUUUGUAUAGGACGAGCAUAAAACGUUUUUGGGGCUGUAGGAAAAUUCAGGUGCUGAGGAAGGGGUUUGUUGUAACACGGAUCGAUUACAAUGUUGGUUUCCGGUGUUCUUCCAUUCUUGCCGAGGGUGUAAUUUUGGCAUC